GAUGGAAAAUGGAGAGAUAGCCAACUGAAUUGAGAGGAAACAGAGAUAAUCGAGAGAAAGGGGGGGAUUGAUGAGAGGGAAGGCUAAAAGUUAAUUAUCAUUCCACAACAUAAUUUUCAUCCUCCUACAAGUAGCCUUUCAUAGCCUACUAACUAAAAACAUAUUCUAGAAUAACAGCACUCUCGUGCUCCUAACAUAAUUAUAAAAUAUCUCUUAACAAACAAUUGUAACCCAAUUAUAAUAUUGCCCCUCUAAUACCCCUAGACUCAUGACACGUGAGACUAGAAAUUAAAAUUGCUAUUGGGAAAACGAAGGUAAAUUUCACAUGACACCCUUCAGGUUUAGUGAAAAGGCAUCAACCACCCCUAUGUUUUUUAAAAUAACACACCCUUACCUUGGUGUUAACCAUUACAUGAAUUGACUUUUUUGCCCUGGUUCCCUCACCUUUAUACUUUCUCUUUCUUUCUCUUCAUUGGCUUCGCACACCACCACCAACUGUUUCCAUUGCCAACAUCCGCUAUCACUUUCUCUUCUCUUCCUCCGCCAUCUUCUUCACCAACCUUUCCCUCUGUAUGCCUACCUUCCUUGUACCUCUGUUCCUUCUUCUUCUUUGGAAUGGACAUCCGAUCGUUGUCACUAUCAUCCCUGAUGUCGACACCUAUUGUCUCCCACUGUGCUCCGCCAUUCUCUCUCUUGUUCACCAGUCUCUCUUUGUUCUUGCUCCGAUUGCCAAACCCAUCGUCACUUGGCAACUGAUCUCUUCCUUCUCUAGCACAGAGUGGCUGGAACUCUCCUCCUUGAGUCUUUGGUCUUGCCUUUCCAAAUGGUUCAGGGGCGGAUUUAGACGCGAGCUGCCUGGGCUUCAAAUUAAAUUUAUAAGGUAAAAGACCAGCCCAAAUCCAGUUCAGCCCAUCCCAGCCCAGCCCACUUGCCUGCAAACCCUUCUCUUCUCCUUCCUCUCUCGACCUCGCUCUCGCUCGCUCUCACCCUCGCUGCCUCUCGCUCUCUGCGUUGCUCGUCCGCUCGCGCUCGCCCUCGCUCUCUGCCUCUCUCUUGCUCUCGCUCGCCCUCGCUCUCAGCCUCUCUUGCUCUCGCUCUCCCUCGCUUGCCCUCCAGUCCUCGCUCUCUUGCUCUCGCUCGACCCCUCUCGCUCUCGCGGGCCCUCGCUGCCUCUCGCCCUCUCCCCCACGCUCUCUCGGCGGCUCGGCCAGUCGGCCUCGCCCUUGCUCGCUGCCUCUGUUUCAGGUUUUCGUUUAACACCCCCGCCCCCCCCCCCCCCCCCCCAAACUUCCAGAUCUGCUUCAUUCGAGCCCAGAUCCGUAUAACUUGUAUGGUUUCUCUUCUUUCAGUUCUUUGAUUAUCUCGAUUGACAGCUAAAUCUAGGGGGGUAAAUGAUCCGCAUUUAUAAAACUCAAGUGAGGUGCAUGCUAUUUUCAGAAACAUAAGGGUGGUGUCUGAAAUUUAUCCAGAAAACAAAAGGAAUUUUGUUGCUAUUGUCAGGUUGGAGGGCCUCAAAUAUAGUGGUUAGUUCUUUAUCAAACACUCAGAAAUCAUUUUCUUUUGGUUGUUUUUGCCUCUCUUGUUUGACAUUGAAAUUCUAAUUUCAUUUUAAAACCAUUCUUCUCUCACUCAUUAAAAUUGCUAUGCUUCUCCAAGUGGCGUUGGCAUUUUGGAUUAUUAUCUUUUAUAUGUUCCAUGAUGUCUUCUCUGAUUGGGUAUCUAUUUAUUUCAUUCUGUUAAAGUUUCAAACUGUCUCAGAUUUGUUUGACAAGUUGACAUAUGGAUAUAAUCUCCCAACUACAAGAACAAGUCAACACAAUCGCAGCUCUUGCCUUCAAUACCUUUGGGACAUUACAAAGGGAUGCCCCUCCAGUCCGGCUGUCUCCAAAUUAUCCAGAACCACCUGCAAAUCCUACUGAAGAAACUGCAAAUGUUGCAGAGCAACCUAAGCAGAUGAGUGCUGCUCUGGUAAAGGCUGCUAAGCAGUUUGAUGCAUUGGUUGCAGCACUACCUUUGUCGGAGGGAGGUGAAGAGGCUCAACUAAAGAGGAUUGCAGAACUUCAGGCUGAAAACGACGCUGUUGGCCAAGAACUUCAGAGACAGCUGGAAGCUGCAGCUAGUUGAUUCGAUGCCAUAUUCUCUCCAUGAAUUUAGAGAAUCGUCAAUUCACUAGCAUUUGCGCAGCCAGCCAGCCAGAAAUUAUGUUGAUGAGCAGCAAUUUUUGUCUUUUUUCCUAAAACUCACCCUUUCCACUGAUAUAUAUAUAUAUAUAUAUAUUGUUGGUGCCAUCCAGAAAAGGAGUUGAAACAGGUGCAGCAGUUAUUCAGCCAAGCAGCGGACAACUGCUUGAAUAUGAAGAAACCAGAUUGAAGGAUCGGGGAAAAUAACGAUAUCUUUGUUUCUUACCAUUUGAUUGAUCUUAGAUAGAUAGAUAGAUUUCAGAUUACAACUUUAAUAAACUAAGUAGGAUGGAAUCUAUUUGCAAUUUUUUGUACAGUUGGGGUUUGAGCCCUUUGAAUUUUACAGAAAGAAACCCUCCUUUGAGACCAUA